GGAAUGGAUAUUGUGGAAAGCAUUUGCUCGAUUAUUUUGAAAUCUGAUGGCUCUUUCAAGUCCAGACUCUACACGUGUGGUAGAUGCUCGAAGAACUUCCAGAUGAAAUCUUUAAUGAAGAACCAUAUAAAGGAAUUCCAUGCGAAGGCAAUUCUUGAAGAUACACAUGACGCAGUGGAUAACGCUUCACCCAACGCUCCCACGGAUCGUGCUAUUCCUGUACCAAGAGAUGUCAUUACAUCAAGUCCAGGAGGGCAUCGGUGCAUGGAGUGCCAUAGAUGUUUCAAAUAUGAAAAACACCUGAAACGGCACGAGCUUGUUCACACUGGCGAGCGUCCAUAUAAAUGUGUACACUGUAACAAGGAUUUCCGACGAGUUGAUACGCUGAUGAAGCAUUCGUUGAUUCACACUGCGCGUAAAGACUCAAAUGCUAACGAGGGUAAAGUCCUGGUUAAAACACCAUGUGAAUCUCAAAUGAGUGUUCAGGGAACUACAGAGGAAGUUAAGAAGGUCUGUGCGGAAUGUGGAAAGGAGUUUACCAAGAUGAGGCAACUAAAUAAACAUAUGAAGACUGCACAUUCUGAUGAGAGACCAUACAAAUGUGAUGCUUGCCCAAAGGCUUUCAAACAGCAGGACAAAUUAAAAGAUCACGUUAAUCGGAUACACAAAAAAAUUACUAAAUGCAUCCAAUGUGAAUUCUGCGCAGAGCUUUUUUCUUCCAAUGCCGCAUUACGCAAGCAUACGCUAACAAGACAUGACCCAAACUAUCAACGUCCAGAAUUCAUGUGUGAUCAAUGCCCCAAGAAAUUCCUUAUUAAAAACCACCUAGAAUACCACGUGAAAGCCACUCAUACUGGUGAACUAAACCUAGUUUGCCCCGAUUGUGACAAGCGAUUCACUCGAAAACUACACCUUAAGCGGCAUAUGCUAACACACAAUACUGGGCCAAAGCCAUUCAGUUGCCAACAGUGUGAUAGUACAUUUUCUCGUAAAGAACACAUGAAAAGGCACCUUAUAAAAUCGUGUCGUGGUACAUCGAAGCACGUUGUCAUUUUUCAAACACCAGCUGUUACACAAGAACAUGUUGUGGAAGAAAGGCAGAGAGAAUUAGAGUUGUCCACAUUGGCUUUAUUGAACAUGCCAAAAAGCCCACAACAAGCAGACUUAUUCACUGGUCAGCAGAAUAAUAUUUAGUUAUGUUUAAAAUGUUUAACAAGAGUCUGUCGAUUCUACACAAGCAGAAUUACGCAGAAUUCAUUCGAGGGUUCAUUUUUCCUUCUUUGUACCUCAUGAUUAUGAACAAUUGUAAAUAGAAGUAAUGGAUAACAAAAUCGUGAGUUGCGAAAAAUGGACCUGUGAGUCGCACAAACCAUACACGCGAUACAAUUGUGGGCAAAACGUUUCGCUUACUUCUGACCAUAUGGUUGAUUUUGGUUGACAUAACUAAUUUUGUUCUCGUUACAUUGUUACCAUAGUAACAGCUAAUGAAAUGAAAAUGACAUAAACUCGCAUAAUUCUAAUCUAACUGCAUAAAACAGAUCAUUUAAUACUUCACUAGAAUGAGGUAGAAAAAUGAAUCCCUGCAUUCAUUUAACCUCUUGACUACCCAGAAUGACGAGAUUUCUCGUCACCUCAGAAAUGACCUUAAAACCCAGAGGGACGAGAAAAUCCGUCACAAAAAUUUUCACAAAAAUUGCUCUUAUUUGAACAAUUUUCAUCCAAUUUACACAAAAAAUGUUUUAAAACGUGUAGAAAUGAUCUCUGCUAUCUUAUUUUACUAAGCUGAGCACUAAGUUGUAUGGGUAUGUAGUAAAUGUCAAAAGGUGGAAAAAAUGAAAAAAUUCUCUGGUUUCAAGUUUCAACCGAUUUUAGAGCCUGGGAUUCAAAAGGUUAAAUAAUUCGUUAAGUCAAGGGAUUUAAAGAGAAAGUCGGGGAGAAAGCCCAUGCUUAAGUAGUGUAUCUAAUUGUAACGGUUGCUGAUACUGACGUCGCGAACUACGUUCCUUGCACUCGAACCACGAUUCUCACAUUGCGAACGUAAAAUCUUUAGUUGCGCACCACUAUUUCCUCGCUCCCGAACAUAUUUCUCUAAACUCCCAUGCAGUGCCUCGAUAUGUUGAAGACAAUCACUGCCUCGGAGUUUGAUAUUUCUCCACUCGCGCACAGAGAUGCGUGGCCGCGAACCACUAUGUACAAGUGGUUCGCAAGCACGGAUCUCUGUGUUAUAAAAUGCAUAUUUGUUUGCACAUUUAUUGAUGAUUCUGUAUUUGCAUAUUAAUUCAACCGUUAAGUUUCAUCAGAAUAGAACUAUCUAAAGUUGAUAAAAACGCUCAGAUUGCAUCAAAUAACGUAUUCGAAAGAAAAUUUCCCAGGGGAUCAUUUCUCCGGACCUCGCAAGAUGCGCGGCCUUCGAUGCAAUCAGACAUCCCCAAGUGAGUGAAAAUCUCAUUUUAAGGUUGUCUCAGUAGUCUAAGAUCAUCUUCUGCAUCUUCCUAGGAAUGUAGUAACUAUGGUGAAUUCUAUUAACUUAUGGGGUGAUGAACCAUACGCAUAAAUUGCUACGUCCAGACAUAGUACUGAUAAGUCACCUUUAUUUUCUCUCGCCUCCUUGAUAACUCAAUGUAAGUCAGAUAUUUUGAAAAAACUCACAUAUUUUGACUUAUUUACGAAGUACUCUUUGGCUAUAAAAAUAGAGCAAAUACGAAAACAUGAUUAUAAUUCUCGCAAAAUAUUUCCUGUACAUUUCAUUGUAAAGAAAUGGUAAUAAGAUUAUUGAAUUGACGCGGUAAGAUGCAUGUGAAAUGGAGUGAAUAUGAAUAAAAGAAACACGUAUCAGAAGUAAAUAUGAUAAACAUAAAUAUUUGUUAUCCAAAAAAAAACAAAAAAAAGUUUUCUACACGUUCUAUGAUGUCAUGCAUCGUAUAUGUUUAGGCCAAAUAAACAUUCCAGUCCAUAGGAAGCAUUUAACACAUUAUUUAAUGCACUAUUUAACUUUAUUUUGAGUCCAAAAGCAAUACAACAUUAAUGAAUUUCAGAUUGAAUCUCCUGAUGUAGACAAGUCACGUGACCAUACCUGGCUAAUAUGAUUGGUCAGAUAUGAUAACAUGACAAAAGAGUAGAUUUAAUUCGUGGCUUAUGCUUGCGCUCACAUAUAGCCGUAUUUCAUAAACUUUAUUACAAUCGGCGUCUUCAAUAUUCGGCUCUCGAGCAGUCGUUUAAGUGCACACAUUGGACACACACAUCCCAGUAGAACCAUCUCGCUUCUCACAAUCAAGUUGUCCUUCGAUUUGAUUAAAACUGAAGACAAUGUUACCAGGAUCACCUGUAUUUUAAACAAAACAUUUAUUAGGUCUCCAUAUUACAUAAAUAUAUAGUUUUUCCACGCAUUUAAAAAAAACAUAGUUACAUAUUAUCAUACACAUUUGACCCUGAAAAACAUAGUUACAUAUUAUCAUACACAUUUGACCGGGAAAAACAUAGUUACAUAUUAUCAUACACAUUUGACCGGG